GUUAAUAAAAGAGUAGAUUGUGAACAAACAAUGUGGCUAAUGUAUUAGCCAGCUAGCUUAUUUUACGUUAACGUUAGGUCAACCAGCUGAGCUAGCGUUAGCAUAGCUAACUUAGCUUGGAUGCUGGAUGACUGAAUCAUUUGGUUUUUGAAUAAUUUUACAAUGACCACCGCACCCAACGUUGAUGUUUCAUGGAACGAUCUAGCAAAAACCUUCACUCAAGCUAUCGUCGUUAGCUAAUGCUUAUAGCAAAAGGCAGCUAAUGGUUGUAGCAAAAGGCAGCCUAGCAGCAGCUGAUCCCUUGAAACUACUGUAACUACUGUCAUUGCUGUUUACGAACGGAUUUGCUUCUAGUCAGCUAGUGUAAGUAAGAUUUAAAUGAAGAACCAUGGAUCAGGACUAUGAAUGCAGGCUACUCAGGCAGAUCAACAUUCAAAAUGAGAAUGCAAGCCCUAUAAAAGCAGUAGGAGCUGUGCGGGCUCUGACACCCACCAGCUCCCCCCUGUCCUCGCCGAGCAAGCAUGGUGAUCGCUUCAUUCCCUCCCGGGCUGGAGCCAACUGGAGUGUCAACUUCCACCGCAUCAAUGAAAUUGAAAAGUCGCACAAUCAAAACAGAAAAACAAAAGAUGGCACAACGGACAGUAACAAAGCGGAUGGUCUGGCUUACUCCGCUCUGCUGAAGAACGAGCUGUUGGGAGCGGGCAUCGAGAAGGUCCAGGACCCUCAGUCAGAAGAUCGCCGUCUGCAGCCAUCUACUCCAGCCAAGAGAAGCCUUUUUAGUUAUUCUGUAAGUGCAAAGAGGGCUCUGCCAGAAGAAGAUGGAAACACAGUCUCUCCAUAUUCUCUCUCACCUGUCAGUAGCAACAGCCAGAAACUGCUGCGGUCGCCAAGGAAACCUACGCGAAAAAUAUCAAAGAUACCUUUUAAAGUCUUGGACGCGCCAGAGCUUCAGGACGACUUUUACCUCAACCUAGUGGACUGGUCCUCUCUGAAUGUACUCAGUGUGGGACUGGGUACCUGUGUCUACCUGUGGAGUGCCUGUACCAGCCAGGUGACACGUCUAUGCGAUCUUUCUGUAGAAGGAGAUUCUGUAACGUCAGUGGGCUGGUCAGAGAGGGGUAACUUGGUGGCAGUGGGAACUCAUAAAGGAUAUGUUCAAAUUUGGGAUGCAGCAGCAGGAAAAAAACUCUCUGUGCUGGAAGGACACACAGCCAGAGUGGGUGCGUUGGCAUGGAAUGCAGACCAGCUGUCGUCUGGGAGCCGUGAUCGGGUGAUCCUCCAACGGGACAUCAGGGCCCCGCCUCUCCAGUCGGAGCGCCGUCUCCAAGGACACCGGCAGGAAGUCUGCGGACUCAAGUGGAGCACAGACCACCAGCUGCUAGCCUCAGGUGGAAAUGACAACAAGUUACUAGUGUGGAACCACUCGAGCGUCCUCCCCGUGCAGCAGUACACGGAGCACUUGGCGGCGGUGAAAGCCAUCGCCUGGUCUCCCCACCAGCACGGCCUGCUGGCCUCCGGCGGCGGCACCGCCGACCGCUGCAUCCGCUUCUGGAACACUCUGACCGGCCAGCCGCUACAGUGCACUGACACCGGCUCUCAGGUCUGCAACCUGGCCUGGUCCAAGCACACCAAUGAACUGGUGAGCACACAUGGUUAUUCCCAGAACCAGAUCCUCGUGUGGAAGUAUCCCUCUCUCACUCAAGUGGCCAAACUUACUGGACAUUCCUACAGGGUUCUCUACCUGGCCAUGUCCCCUGAUGGAGAGGCCAUUGUGACGGGAGCAGGAGAUGAAACACUUCGGUUUUGGAACGUCUUCAGCAAGAUGAGAUCCACCAAGGAAUCCGUGUCAGUGCUUAACCUCUUCACCAGGAUCCGGUAGCUGGCCACUGUUACUACGAGGGGACAAUGCCGGGAAGGAAAUUUCACUUUGCAUGCAUCAAACUGUAAACGGGCUCGUACCUUUUGAGUGUUUACCUCAGCAGUCUGCAGAAGCCCCCCCACCCCCCCCCAUCCCCCACCUCGAACGCUCUUAGUGAUUUGGCCAAGUUGUAGCUGGAGGCGGGAGGGAGCUGAAGAGAUGUCCGAGUGUCGAGGGCAGAGCAGAUGUGCAUGUACAGUGUUCCACUUCCUCCUUAAUAAUAGAGCCACUGACUCACCCAACAGACCAGGGAUCUGUGAUGACAAGGAGAAUGUGGGCGGGCGUUUCUCUCCCCAUAUCAUUAUGCUUUGUUUACAGACUGACAUUGUGCUUUCCUGCCAAAUAUUGAGUUCAUCCUUUCGUUUGUCUUAUUUAUUUUAAUUUUUUUCCCCCUCCUAUUUUAAAAACAUUUAAAAAAUGUAUCCCCGCUAGUUGUUUGUUCUGGAGGCCGGGGUGUUUUAGUUUGUGUGAAACUGCAGUUUCUUUGGUCUGGUCUGUGGAGCAUGUUUGCAGAACAAUUCCAGGCUCUUUUUGUAUUUUACCGGGUGACAAUAAUGUUUCAUGGACACUGUUAAACAAUUACAUCACCCUGUGCCGCUUCGACAACUGUAAAUGCUUACCUAGGUUUUGACUGUAACUUUUUCUCAUUAUUCAACAAGCUCAUUGUUUUAAAGGCGAAUGGAAAAUCUUUAUUUGGUAACAACACACAUAAGAGUUUAUUAUUAUUAAGGAAAAUCUGGCAUUAAAAUGUUAAAAUGAAAAUAUUUUGUCUUAUAUAGUUUUUAACAUUGACUAUAUCACACAGUAAAAACAUUUGGGAAUAAAUCUGAGUGAAAAGGCUGCAGAGCAGCUGCUUUGUGCUCUGUCUACAAGAUUCAAGCACAAGGCACCUGUCUUUCGCUACUUCACAUCGUCAUCGUCUGUGUCGAGCAGUCAUGUAAUUCUACUUUUGUUAUAAAUUUCAUACCUGCAAUGUUUCCAUCUCAUUUUCAACUUUUUCCUAUUUGAGUCAACUAUGUGCCACAUUUAAACGAAUGCUAUUUAUUUGUAUUGUGAAAAAAGAUUAUUGUACAGAAAUGGCAUGUUUGUUUACCAAUACCUGGGGGAUGUUUAUGGGCAGUUUCACUGCUAGACGUUAUGGAAAUUUAUUUUAAUGCCACUUCAAAAUCAAGACAAUACUGCAAACUCGAAUUAUAGAAAGAAUGUUAAAAAAAUAUUUCUCUACUGACAGAUAAUCAACAAUUAAACGAUCAUAUCAUGAA